AUGCUCAUAAACAUGGUCAACUGGUUGCCGUCCAAGGAGAUCGAUAGUGUGGCGUACUCGGCCCGCGAAAUCCUAGCAGAUGCGAGGGAUAUAGAUGCUGCUGAGUAUGACCCGAGUACGAGGAAGCGUCUCCACAACCGCCAGCGCCUGCGGGACGCAAGGCGGAGAGAGAAAGACGAAAUGCGAACCCUGCAACAUCAAGUACACCAGUUGGCGCAGCACCUCCUUGGCCAGUCGAAGCCACUUCCGUGGCACGAAGUUGCUCGUGCUCUGGAAAUUGAUGCGGUUGCGUCGCAAGAGCAGAACCGGACUUUGAAACAACAGCUCUGCCGUGUGCAGAACGUCGUGGCGAUGUUGCUGAGCUGGGGCUCGAUUGAAGUCGGAUUUCCUUCGUCGAUUGCGUUGCUGCCGAGUGGUGGCUGGAAAGAGAGUGCUCUGCUUGGUUUCGACGGUGAUGCGAGGAUAACAAGUAUCAAGUGGCUCACGGAGCGAAUGUACCACAACAUUGAGGCGGCCCUGACGCAAUGCAGCAACGUCGUCGGCUCCACUUCAUCAUUGAUUGAAUGUACCGACUCCAUGGUGUACAUGGCUGCGAGAAUCCAUCGAGUGGUCCCGGCCCCGUUGGCCACCGUGCCGGCUACGUUUUGCCGCAUCUACAUGGCGCUGCAGCGCAAAGAGCCUUUGGAUGCGUCGCUAUUGCACGAAUCGUUUGGAACGAGCAUCGCGCUCUUGGACGCCGGGAAUGGCGACCCGAUGGAGUUGUGCCGCGUGUUUUCCGAAACGGACCGGUCGAUUCUCGUGUCCACGUACGUCGCCCACGACGACAUGCGACCGCAAUUUGAAACGAACGGCAGCACCAUGCACGGCUGGAUUGUCAACCAACAGCUGAACGAUACCUUCACCCGUGUGCGCGAGUUCUGGCUGAUCGGGUACCCCCUGCCGACGUCGCACGAAGAGUAUGCCAGGGAGCUGGGCGUCGACGUCGGCACAGUAGCAAUCAUGACGGACAGUGCCCGCCUCGACGCGUUUGUCGCCGGCCUUCACAGGUCGUUCGAUGCGAUGAUGGUGGGAUGUGACGACAAUUUUCGGCGUCGGUUGGCGCAUGCAAUGACUUAAUCACGACGCCAUCUCGAUCGGCGUGUUUCCUCGACGACUCGCGCGUCUAGGUCGUGUGCAAUUGCUCGAAUCUGCCUUUCGCCGACCACCAUGGCUUUCACGGAGUGGACCGUACAAUCAUGCGGCGCCUCGCCAUCGUGCAAGUACUUGGCAUGGCUCGAUCGAGCACAAGGAUGGCACACCGCCUAGGUCGAGAAGUGAGUGAAUGCCAACCUUCAUCAUGCACGAAAAAUAUAUCUCGAAAUUGAAGAAAAUUGCAGAUAUUAUGCUAAUAAAUGUAUUUGCGUGCA